AUGGUUAGUGAGUGUACAGUUGAACAUUGGAGGUAUUUAACCGGUGAAUCAUUAACUUCUACAUAUUUUGGAUAUUCAUUAGCAACACAAUCAAAUUUAGAACAAUCGAGUUUGAUUGUGGGAUCGCCAAGAGAACAUAUUUAUGAUGAUGAUUAUUAUUAUUCAAUAUAUAGACGUGGUGCAGUUUAUCAAUGUACACUAGGAACACAAGAUUGUACAAGAGUAAAAUUUCCUUUAAACGGGAAUGAAGAAAUUCGACUAAGAACAAGUAGUGAUAACAAAACUGAUCAAUGGUUUGGUGCAUCGAUAGCUGCAGAUAUAAGAAAUAUUAUUGUUGGUGCACCUCAUUUGAAACAUGUUAUCAUCGAUGCAACAGCCGAAAACGGCAUUCAUUACGAUAUUCCCGGUGUGUGUUGGAAGGGAAAAAAUAUGUGGUCAUCAGCUACAGCAAAUAGUACACAAAUCUAUUCGCCUGGAAUGAGUCAUUGGGACUUGAGAGAUUUUCAUAAAGAAGGCUAUGGUUUAUUCGGUUUUCAAGUGGCAAUAAGCAAGAAACCUGAAAGAAUUAUUAUAACUGCGCCCGGCUCAUUUUAUUUUCGAGGUCAAGUUCAUUCAAUUCCAUUAUUAAAUAAAGAUUGGUUAGAAUCCACACAUGCCUUUCCAUCAUCACAUUAUCCAUUUUUAAACGUUAGCUGGUUAAAAUAUCCAAAAAACUAUUCCCUUAACGAAUAUGAUGAUUGGUGCUAUCGAGGUUAUGCGUUAGCAUUAGGCAAUUUUAACGAUGAUGACGAUCAAGAAAUUGUAAUAACUAUACCACGAUUAAACGGAUAUAAAGGGGCUAUUGAAAUUCUUAACAGUAAUCUUAAUGAAAGUUCUAUACAUUCAAUUAACGGUUCACAGGUUGGAGCCUAUUUUGGCGCUUCACUCUGUGUUCUGGAUAUUAACAAUGAUAGAUUGGAUGAUUUACUUGUCGGUGUACCAUUAUUUACAAGUAGAAAAGAUGGUAGAAUUUUAUCGGAUGCGGGAAGAGUCGAAGUCUAUUAUCAAACUAAACAGCAUGAAUUGAUACUAGGGAAACCGUUAGACGGUACAAAGAAAGGAGGUCGGUUUGGACAUGCAAUCGCUAAACUGGGCGAUAUAAAUAAAGAUGGUUACGAGGAUGUUGCUAUUUCGGCACCGUUUGCUGAUGGUGGAUAUUCUGGUGAAGUGUACAUUUAUCAUGGUUCUGAAACAGGUUUAUCGACAAUACCAGCUCAGAUUCUCAAACCUGAUAGAUUAUUACAAGCAUUUGGUUGGGCAUUACAAGGUCAAUUUGAUGAUGAUCAUAAUGGUUAUCCAGAUUUGGCAAUUAGUAGUGCUAAAAAUGAUACGGUUGUUAUUGUUCGUUUUACUCUCCGCAUAUGUAUCAAUUUUAAUGGAAUGCAAAAUAUUCAUUCAAACCUUGGCAAUUUUUCCUAUAUUUUACAAUUGGAUAUUCAUAAAAGUAAAAGUGAAAAACGGUUAUAUUUCAAAGAAAAAAUGGGGCAUUGGACACGAUUAACAAAUCGUACAAAGACCAUUCAUAAUUUAAAAUCAAAUGAUCCGGAAAAAUGUACAAAUCAUCCAUUAUACGUAAAAGAAAAUGUUAAUGAUAAAUUGAAACCAAUUGUUGUUCGUUUAAACUAUAGUCUUGCUACAACUUCAAUAAAUAAUAUUGUUCCACCAAUGUUAGAUGCUAAACCAUCGUUUAUUGAACAUGAGAUACGUAUACAAAAAGAUUGUGGAACGGAUGACAUAUGUAUUCCAAAUUUACAUUUAACCACAACAAGUUCGCCUAAUGAGUAUAAAGUGGGUAUAUCAAAUAAAAUUAUUUUAAAUAUAUUUGUUAUAAAUUCGGGUGAAGAUGCCUAUGAUACUAAAUGUACAAUUCAAUUGCCAAAAAGUGUCAGUUAUAUUAAUUCAAAUUCAAGUUAUUUGAUAUCCUUUCAAAUAUUUGCUGAUUUAAAACCAUCAACUGAUCUUCUAGAUAAAUUAGUGUUUCAUAUAAAUGUCACCAGUGAAAAUCCAGAUAAUAUCACUUAUGAUAAUUAUAAUCAAAUUAGUAUACCAAUAUCUGCUUCGCCAGAAAUUGCUCUUAAAGGUGUGGCUAAACCCGAACAAAUUCAACCAUAUCCAACGUCGAUAACAUCCGAUAUUUCAAAACAAAUUAAAAUUUCUGAUUUAGACAUUGUUCAUAUCUACACUUUACAUAACAAAGGUCCGGGUAAUUCUAAAAGAAUUUCAUUUAAAUUUGUAUGGCCAGUAUUAUCAUUAUCAGACGAUAAUAUUUUAUAUGAUAUUGAAUACCCAAAUAUAACAAGACUUAAUGAACCACGAACAAUGGAAGAUUAUUGUACAGUUGCAGAUUUAUUUUUUACAAUUAAAAACUCGGAAUCAGCUUUAAAGAAAAUUCGAUCACCAUUCAUGGAAAAUAUUCGUAAUGUUUUAUCAUCGAAUCGACCAAAAACAUUUAGUUGUAAUGGUAUUUGUAAAGAAUAUGUAUGUUAUAUAGCUGAUUUAAAUGUUGGACACAGUGUUAUUGUAACACUAAAAGCAAAAUUACGAUUAAAUGUACUUCUCAUGAAACAAGAUCGAACUAAAUCGUUUAUUCUUUCGUCAAAUGCUACAGCUAAAAUAUUAGAAAUUCCUUAUAAUAUUACCAAUAUUAAAUUAUUAAGUGCUAAUUUAAAGAAAAAAAAAAAAAAAAAAUUGAAAACUAAAUAA